CGCGCGAGGCUGGAGGUUCCCAGCGCGAGAGGAGGACAGGAGGAAGCAGAGCGGCGGCGGCGGCGGCGGCGGAUCCGAUAUUAAUACAGAAACACGAAUAAGAGAGAGAAAGCGCGGUUAGUGCUCGGCGGAGAGGACCCCGGACUGCCAGCGAACGGGUGGUGUUUGGCUGUGUGGCUUUUUUUUUACAAUGGAGUGGCAGCCCGAUGAACAGGGGCUCCAGCAAGUACUACAGCUGCUGAAAGAUUCCCAGUCUCCCAACACAGCAACACAGCGUGCUGUCCAGCAAAAAUUGGAACAGCUGAACCAGUACCCAGAUUUCAACAACUAUUUGAUCUUUGUGCUGACCAGGCUCAAAUCUGAAGACGAGCCCACGCGUUCCCUCAGUGGUCUGAUCCUGAAGAACAAUGUGAAGGCACACUACCAGAACUUCCCUCCUCUCGUGGCUGACUUUAUCAAACAGGAGUGCCUGAACAACAUUGGGGACUCCUCUCCGCUCAUCAGAGCCACUAUUGGGAUCCUCAUCACGACCAUCGCUUCGAAGGGAGAGCUGCAGGCCUGGCCUGAGCUUCUGCCUCAGCUCUGCAACCUACUCAACUCUGAGGAUUACAACACCUGUGAGGGAUCAUUUGGAGCCCUGCAGAAGAUCUGUGAAGACUCCUCUGAGCUCCUGGACAGUGAAGCACUCAACAGACCUCUCAACAUCAUGAUCCCCAAAUUCCUACAGUUCUUCACGCACUGCAGCCCCAAGAUCAGAUCUCAUGCCAUCGCCUGUGUGAACCAGUUCAUCAUUGGCAGAGCACAAGCGUUGAUGGACAACAUUGACACGUUUAUUGAGCACCUGUUUGCUCUGGCUGCGGACGAGGACUCUGAGGUCAGAAAGAAUGUGUGCAGAGCUCUGGUGAUGCUGCUGGAGGUCAGGAUAGACAGGCUUAUUCCACACAUGCACAGCAUCAUACAGUACAUGCUGCAGAGAACCCAGGACAGUGAUGAGAACGUGGCUCUGGAGGCCUGCGAGUUCUGGCUCACUCUGGCAGAGCAGCCCAUCUGCAAGGAGGUGCUGAGUGGACACCUGGUGCAGCUGAUUCCAAUCCUGGUGAACGGGAUGAAGUACUCUGAGAUUGAUAUCAUCUUGUUAAAGGGCGAUGUGGAGGAAGAUGAAACUGUGCCGGACAGUGAGCAGGAUAUCAAGCCGCGCUUCCACAAGUCUCGCACGGUGACUCUGCAGCACGAGGGGGACGCGACCGAGGAGGGAGAGGACUUUGACGAAGAUGAGGAUGACGAUGAUGACGACACGCUGUCUGACUGGAACCUGCGUGAGUCUGGGGGAAGGGGGGAGGGUUGUAGGGAUGGGCUGGCAUUACAUUUACACGUUGUAUGUCAAAAACAGUGGUCAAUCAAUCGUAUUAUAUUUAUAUUGCACCUUAUUCAUUCAAAGUGUCCCAAAGCACUGUACAAGACAAAGCAAAGAAUCACGAUAAAGUAAAAAUUAUAAAGCAUCCCAAGACGUGUUACAUACAGAACUGCCAACGAUUAGACCAUUA